AUGCAGCCCCCAAAAUCGACGGCGGUAGACUGGUCUCAACUGCCGACGGAGCUCCUCCAUCUGAUCUCAGAACGCCUCGACAGCCCGCUCUACCUCCUCCGCUUCCGCUCCGUCUGUUCCACAUGGCGCCGCUCUUCCUCACCCGCCGUCACCCCCCUCCACCACUUUCCCCUCAUCUUCCCAACCCUCUCCGAUGAUCCCGCUUCCACCGUCUUCCUCUCCCAACGCACCGUCUUCCUCAUCACCCCACCGCCACAACAACCAACCCCAACCGCAACCCCCUUGUUGGUCCAAAUCGGCCAAGACCUAAGCGGCGGAACCCGCCUCUUCGACCCCCUCUCUUCCCACCAACAUUUCCCGUUCUCUUCCCCGCGCGUGCUCGACUACUACCACCACCCUGUCCUUGACCUCGGAAACGUGUUCAUCCUCCACCACUCCAUUCCUCCUCCCGAUUACCGCGACUCCAUCUAUAAGAGAAAGGUAGUAGCGGCGAUUGCCGGAGAGGCUUCGAUUUUGCUCACCAUUCACGACUCCGGCAAGCUGGCGUUCUUCCGAAGCGGCGGCGACUGCUGGACACUCAUCCCGGUAAAACAACACAUGCCCUAUGACGACGUUUGCGUCUUCAAAGGCCGCCCCUGCGCAGUGAACAGCACCGGUCUCACCGUCGCGGUUGGGUCUGGUCCGUACAUGGAGGUAAUCGCCGAGCCGGUGCUUGGCGGGGACGAGAAAUUCUUGGUGGAGAGUGAAGGAGAGUUGUUGAUGGUGGACAAACACAUUUCCUCUACAUGUUACGAGAAUGAUGAUUUUGAUGAUGAUGGUGAUGAUGGGAUUUUUGUUGAUAGGUUUGAGUGGUCGAAACCGGUGAAAUUCGACGUGUAUAGACUUGAUGAGAAGGAGAAGAUGUGGGUGGAGUUGGAAAGUUUGGGGGACCGGGUUUUGUUCUUGGGGCAUGUAUGUGCCUUCUCUGCUUCAGCUUCGGAUUUGGGUGUUCGCAGUGGAAACUGUGUUGUCUUUGCAGAUUUAACCCUGAAACAAGGGGUGGGUGUUUUUCCUUUGGAUGUAGGUUGGAUUUUGCUUCUGUCUGAUAUUCCUGAUUAUUCCAGGUUGAUUGAUUAUUCCAAGUUGUAG